UGUGGGGAAAGGAACAACACUGAGGGUGCUGUUGGCGAUAGCUGCACUCCUGGGAUGGAAGAUACGGCAGAUGGACAUUGUGACUGCUUUUCUGAAUGGGAUCAUUAUGGAGGAGGUGUACAUGAAGCAGCCAGAGGGGCUGGAUGACGGGAGCGGCAGGGUCACUCCUGUUACCUUCCGCUUACGCCUGCCAGCUACCUGGAAGAUUCACAACGCCUUCCAUGUCCAACUUCUGAAGCCCUAUCGAGACCCUAACACGGUCUUCACCGGACGCCAACCCCUGCCGCUGCCGCUCGUCCUCGUCCAUGAUGAACCCGAGUACGAGGUCGCGUCCAUGCUCGCACACCGCCGUCGUCGGAAUGGCACCGUGGAGCUUCUCAUUCGUUGGAAGGGUUAUGAUCCUUCUGAGGUUACUUGGGUUCCUGAAUCUGAGAUGGGUAACGCCCGUCGUCCUCUUCGCGAAUACCUUGUCAAGCAGGGUGUUACUUCUACCACCCACCUUUGAGGGGGGGAAGUGUGAGCGUACGACC